CUCAACACUCCCUUUACAGAUUUCCGUUACAAUCGUCUCUUCUUUUCUUUUCUUCUUUCAAAUGAAUGGAAGCUAUUAAAAAUAGCUUUUGCUAAUUUAUAUAUCAUUGUUUCUCUCACUGUUUUUUGUUUUAAUUAGCUGAGGUUAUUCAAAUGCUAAAGGUCUGAAAAGAGUUUAUAAAGGGUUUCCCAAAAGCUAGCUAGCUCUUUCAAGGAAAAUGGCCCCCAAAAAUGGCCGUGGUAAGGCAAAUAAAGCUAAGGGAGAGAAGAAGAAAAAGGAGGAGAAAGUUGUUCCUAGCGUUCUUGAUAUCACUGUUUUGACACCUUAUGAUUCUCAAGUUAUACUAAAGGGAAUCUCCACGGAUAAGAUUCUUGAUGUAAGAAGGCUAUUAGCUGUUAAUACAGAGACAUGUCACAUUACCAACUAUUCAUUGUCUCAUGAGGUUCGAGGGCAGAGGUUAAACGAUACGGUGGAGAUUGUUUCUCUGAAACCCUGCACUCUAACCAUUGUAGAAGAGGAGUACAGCAAAGAGGAGCAGGCGGUUGCACACGUGCGAAGGCUGCUGGAAAUAGUCGCGUGCACCACCGCCUUCGGCAAGCAAAGCAAUGGAAGGGCAGAAGCGGCAGCGUCGAAGACGAAGAAGCAGAUAUCGGGCCCACCUCCGAGUGGAAAAUUACCGUCCUUGUCCUCUCCUUCAGAUGCAGAGAUUCCCGCCAUCUCGGAGAAGUACGGCAUGGCUCCGAUUCAGCCCCCUCCAAAGCUCUCCAACUUCUACGACUUCUUCUCCUUCUCUCACUUCAGCUCUCCUCUUCUCUUUGUCAGAAGAUGUGAUCGGCGGGGGGUUGAAGAGAGGCGCCAGGAUGACUAUUUUGAAAUGGAGGUUAAGAUAUGUAAUGGGAAGCUAGCGACCGUGUUUGCUUCCACCAAAGGAUUCUACACUGAUGGGAAGCAGUUUAUUCAGAGCCACUCUCUGGUGGACCUAUUGCAACAGCUUAGCAGGGCCUUCGCUAAUGCUUAUGACUCCCUUAUGAAAGCUUUUGUAGAACACAAUAAGUUCGGUAAUCUCCCGUAUGGAUUCCGCGCAAAUACAUGGCUCAUAACUCCAAUGGCUGCUGACUCUCCGUCAAAAUUUCCUCCUCUCCCAACAGAAGAUGAGAACUGGGGUGGUAAUGGUGGUGGGCAGGGAAGAAAAGGGGAACAUGAUCAUAGGCCAUGGGCCACAGAAUUUUCAAUUCUGGCAAGCAUGCCAUGUAAAACUGAGGAGGAGAGACAGACUCGGGACCGAAAAGCCUUUUUGCUGCACAAUCUAUUUGUCGACACCUCGGUCUUUAAGGCCGUUUCCACAAUUCGCCGUCUCAUAGAUUGUGAUACACACUCAAACAAGUCUCUACAAAUUAGCCCAGAUUUGAUAUUGCAUGAAGAACGAGUUGGGGACUUACGUAUUAUAGUGAAAAGAGAUGCAGAGGAUGCGAGCUCAAAGCUGGUGGACAAAAUCGAUGCUCGUCAGGCAUCAGAUAUGUCUGCUAAGGAGGUUGUGCAAAGGAAUCUUCUUAAAGGGUUAACUGCAGAUGAGAGUGUGAUUAUUCAUGAUACUGCCACUCUAGGAGUUGUUGUUGUGAGACAUUGCGGAUACACUGCAGUUGUAAAAGUUUCAGGCGAUAUAAAGAAGGGAAGUUAUACAGCACAGGAUAUUGACAUUGAAGGUCAGCCAGGAGGAGGUGCCAAUGCCUUGAAUAUCAAUAGCUUGAGAGUUCUUGUCCACAAGCCAUGCAGCACAGAAUCAUAUGUAGGAGGCCCGCAUUCUCCUUCUCAAUCUGACGAUCAAAGGGCUGCUUGGAGGUUAGCGCGAAGAGUAGUUAAUGAUAGUUUGACCAAGUUACUGGAGACAUCGGCCGUUGAUGGAAGAACUAUCCGGUGGGAACUUGGUUCAUGUUGGUUACAACAUCUACUGAAGCAGGAAACUUCAACAACCAACAAUUCUAAUGGAAACGGAGAAGACACUAAGCUUGAGCCUGCUGUUAAAGGUCUUGGAAAGAAAUUUGAACUAUUGAAGAAGAUAAAAAAGAAAACAGAUGCAAGUAGUAAUGUAUCUGAUGCAGAGAAGGAAAACAAAAGCACAAACAGCAUUCAUACCAAAGAGAAAAUGGGUGAAUGCAACAAUGAAGCUGCAAUAAAGGCAAUGCUUUCUGAAGAAGCCUUCUUGCGUUUGAAAGAAUCUGGAACCGGUCUUCAUCAAAAGUCAUUGGAUGAGCUCAUUGAUAUGGCACAUGAGUAUUACGAUGAUGUUGCUUUACCGAAGCUGGUGGCAGAUUUUGGCUCACUCGAACUUUCUCCAGUUGAUGGACGCACACUAACUGAAUUCAUGCAUACAAGGGGACUACAAAUGCGUUCAUUGGGACGUGUGGUUCAACUCGCAGAAAAGCUUCCUCAUAUACAGUCGCUUUGUGUUCAUGAGAUGGUUAUUAGAGCCUUCAAACACAUAUUACAAGCUGUCAUUGCUGCUGUUGAGAAUGUAUCUGACUUGUCUGCAGCAGUAGCUUCAUGUUUGAAUAUUUUAUUAGGAUCCUCAACAAUGGAAAAAGGCGACCAAGAAUUAUCCAAUGAUCAUAUUCUCAAAAUGAGAUUGUUAGAAACCUUCCUUUCCAAAAGAUUUGGUUGGGAAUUAAGAGAUGAAUUUCAACACUUAAGGAAGUUUGCAAUUCUACGAGGACUUUGCCAGAAGGUUGGACUGGAGUUGGUUCCUAAAGAUUAUGACAUGGAUGGCCCAUACCCAUUUAAGAAAUCUGAUAUUAUUAGCUUGGUCCCUGUGUGUAAACAUGUGGCAUGCUCAUCUGCAGAUGGUCGAACCUUAUUGGAAUCAUCCAAGACUGCAUUGGAUAAAGGAAAGCUAGAGGAUGCUGUCAACUAUGGAACAAAGGCACUGUCAAAAAUGAUAGCAGUCUGUGGUCCCUACCAUCGAGCAACUGCUAGCGCAUACAGUCUUUUGUCAGUUGUUCUUUACCAUACAGGGGACUUCAACCAGGUAACUGCGGCAACAAUAUAUCAACAAAAGGCUCUUGAUAUCAAUGAGAGAGAGCUUGGCCUUGAUCAUCCAGAUACCAUGAAAAGCUAUGGGGACCUCUCUGUAUUUUACUAUCGACUCCAGUACACUGAACUAGCUUUAAAGUAUGUCAACCGUGCAUUGUACCUCCUUCAAUUUACAUGCGGACUCUCACACCCAAACACUGCUGCAACAUAUAUAAAUGUGGCUAUGAUGGAAGAGGGCAUGGGGAAUGUUCAUGUUGCUCUCAGAUACCUGCAUGAGGCCCUUAACUGCAACCAAAGAUUAUUGGGAGCAGAUCACAUACAAACUGCUGCGAGCUAUCAUGCCAUUGCGAUAGCUCUUUCUUUGAUGGAUGCCUAUUCCCUCAGCGUGCAGCAUGAGCAAACCACGCUACAGAUACUCCAAGCCAAACUUGGAUCAGAGGAUCUCCGUACUCAGGAUGCUGCUGCAUGGCUUGAAUAUUUUGAAUCGAAAGCUUUGGAGCAGCAAGAGGCUGCCCGCAAUGGUACUCCAAAGCCAGAUGCAUCCAUUGCAAGCAAAGGUCACCUUAGCGUUUCAGAUCUCCUUGACUACAUAAGCCCACAUCAAGACGCGAAAGGAAGAGAUGCACAGAAGAAACAACGGCGUGCGAAGGUUUUGCAGAAUCAUGAUAGACCCAGCCAAGAACAUGCCAAUCCAUAUGCAGAUGACAUGCAGCAUGAUGUUAAUCAAACUCCCAUCAUAGCUGAAGAUGCCAGAAAGGAAAUAAGCCCUGAAGAAUCUCAGCAAGAAAAGUUUAAAGAAAAUGAUGACAUCAAUUCGCGCAAUGCGCCAGCAGUGGUAGAUGUGGGAUCGCUGGAAGCUAUGUCUGAUGAUGGGUGGCAAGAAGCCAAUUCAAGAGGCCGUGCUGGAAAUGUUGGAGGGCGGAAGUUUGGCUCAAGACGACCAGCACUUGCAAAGAUAAACAUAAACAGCUCAGAGCACUCAGAUUUUAGAGAGGCCACUUAUAAGAGGACGACCAUGUCUCCAGCUCAAAAAACCAACUUUGCCAGCCCAAAAACUGCUUCAACUGAUGUGGGUGCUGCCACAAAGGUUCCGAAGUCAGCAAGAUUGACCGUUGGAGAUGAGCUGAAUCAAAAGCAGGCAAAGAAUCCAAAUGUGGAAGCUGAACCAAAACAGAACCCGAAGGCUGUACCAGCCUUCAAGAUUUCUUUGGUAACAGCAACAAAUUCUCCAAUCGCUUCAAAAUCUCCAUCCUACAAAGAAGUAGCUUUGGCACCUGCUGGCACAGUCUUGAAAGCAGCAUUGGAGAACCCAGAUGAAAUAAACAAGGAGACGAUUGAUACCCAGACCCACAGAAAUUCAGUAGAGAUAUCCAACGAGGAAGAUAUAGAUGGUGAAGGAGCAAUGCAGGAAGAAGAGGAAAAGAAAUCUCCAGUCACUAGUGAGCAAGAAACUCAACCUUCUGCUGUGAAGGUGCCUUCACAGGACACAGAAAAGCCUGCAUCUGAAUCUAGUGAGAUUCCAUGCCCGGGGAAUGACAACAAGCCUACUGAAACUAACAGCAGCAAGCUUUCGGCUACAGCACAGCCAUUCAGUCCUGGGGCACUGUCGUUGAUGACCCAUCUGUUCCACACAACUGCCAUAGCUGGUUUCUAUGACAUCAGAGCUGAUAAUGGAACAGUUUCACCUCAACUGGCAGGCAUCCCAACACAGUCAGUUGCUUCUAGGGUCCCUUGUGGACCACGAUCGCCUUUCUAUUAUAGAACUGGCCACUCUUUCCGUAUGAAACCUGGUUAUCCUAACUGCCACCAUGCUGUUAUAGACAGGAGCAGCUUUACUUCCCCAAAAGUCAUGAACCCAAAUGCAGCCGAGUUCGUCCCAAAGAAGACAUUUGUAGAAGCUCAGUGUUGUGGAGCCGAAUCAAAUCAGCAGACAGAUUCAUUGGUAAGUGCAAAGAAGGAUUCUUCACCCGCAGUGUUUUCAGAAGAUAAAAGCUGUAAUGAGAAAGCUGUUAACGAAGCUAAAGACAGCAGAGGGAAAAACAGUAGUAAUAAGCAAAAAUCAGAGCUUGCAAAGCAGAUUCUGCUUAGUUUUAUCGUUAAGUCGGUCCAAAAUAACAUUGAUCCACCAAAAAAGAAGGGCAAUGAGAGGAAUAACGAAGUUUCAGACCGUGCCUUAGAACCAUUUUAUAGAGAGAGCACCAUAGCCAAAGUAAUACAUGGAGAUGAUGGUAAGAUGGAAUCGUCUAAGAAGGUGGAUGUAAAUAAAGCUAAGAGGAAGGAUGGAGAAGGAUUUACGGUGGUUCCGAAGAGGCGAAGAAACAAGCAGCAAUUCUCCAAUACGGCAAAUGGGUUAUACACUCGGAAAGCUAUCUGCGCUCCAGUCAACUGAAAGAGUAAACAAGUACGGAAUAUACCAACCCUCAAAUGGAGGAAAGUAAAGAGUUCUAGUGUAUUGAUUUUGUUGCAAGGAGAGUUUUAUGAGAAGGCAAUAAGGUAUGUACAAUAAAUGUUUGCUCUCUAGGUUUUUUUUUUUAAUUUUUUAUUUACUCCCCGGGACGUUCUUUUCUAACUGACAGAGGUAUCCAAGUGUUGCCGUCUUUAUUAUUUUUGCCAUAUUUGGAAAUGAAAGGAGGUUCACUGAAAUUGGAUGAGUUUGAUAGUUGUACAAAAGCCUCUGAAAGGUUAUGUAGAGAUCGACUGUUUCAUUUUUCUAGAGCUUAUGCUUAAUCAAUAAAAUGCUUUUACUGAA